AUGCCCACUGUGACCAAGCAUGUUCAUGCACACAAGGACGCAGCCCCGGGCAUGGACUGGGUGUGCUCGCCACCGAGGAGACUGAGCACUGCAGACAGAAGGUGCUACAGGCUGACUGUAGUGUGUCUGGGGCUGCUGUGUGUUCUCCUGCUGACUGCCAUCACAGUGCUGUGGAUCCAGUUCACUGCAGAGAGAGACCAGUUACAGACCAGCUACACCAACCUGACCAUAGAGAGAGACCAGUUACAGAGUACUUACAUUAAUCUGUCUAAAGACAAAAAUCAGUUGGAGUCAAGCUGUAACAAUGUAAAAAAUGACCUUCAGAAGAAACUCUCUUCUUUAGUGAAGGCAGUGCAGGAGGGUUGGAAGUUUUUCAGCACCAGUGUUUACUUCAUCUCUACUGGAGAGAAGAACUGGACUGAGAGCAGACAGGACUGUAGAGAGAGAGGAGCAGACCUGCUGAUCAUAAACAGCAGAGAAGAACAGGAGUUCAUCCUUAACAAUCUGGGCAGCAGUCGAGCUUGGAUUGGUCUGACUGACAGCGACAUGGAGGGAGUCUGGAAAUGGGUGGACGGAUCAGCUCUGACCACUGGGUUCUGGAGUGAAGGAGAACCAAAUGAUGAUCAGCAAAAUGAGGACUGUGCUGAGAUUUUGAAUUUUUCGAAGGGCUGGAAUGACAGACCAUGCUCUUACAAAGAAGGGUGGAUCUGUGAGAAAAGCAUUUUUGUGGUAAACUGACACUUAUAAAAUGAUACCAACCCUGAUCCUGGAGGUCGACCUUCCUGUGGACUGUAGUUUAAUCACAAUCUGCCACACCUGGAUUUAAGACACCAUUAAGCAUAAACCUAAAUAACAUACUUGAAAAGUUUCA